AUGGCCCAACCUCCUCACGAUGGCCCACCGUUUUCGGGACAGGCACCUCUCCCGAACCAUCGGCAGCAACAAGCUCGCCCUACGGCCUCUCCUACCGCGUCACCGACCUUCAAGCAUGAGCAACAAUCCCAAGCUUUGCUAGCGCAGUUCACCAGCUAUAUCUCGCCGCAACAGAGUCUUCACCCUCAGCUCUUUCCCAGCCAGCCAUCUGCCGCCGCCUAUCCCUCGUGUCCUUUACCCCAGCUCCAGCCCGCUCCACCGAAUGUUGCUAUACAGUACGGCGUGGGACCCGCCAUGCCAGUGUCUUACUACAAUCUGCCGAAUCAGCAUGAUAUGUACGCCGCGCAGUACCAAACCCCUCCGCCGCGCCCUCAGCCAAUACCACCUCCGGCCACUUCCCCGUCACAAUACCCUCGAAUUCAGAUUCGACCUCCACCUCUUGCACAGCCCGAAAUUCUUUCAGCUACAAGACUGGAGAUACCGGGGCCGGCGCCGGUUGCUACCAAAGUUGAAAAGCAAAAGACUCCUCUCAUUUACGCCCAAACACCGAACCAACAGAUACGGCCGAUGCCGCCUUCCGCGACGCAGCAAAUGAAGCCCUCCACGCCCCAUUCUAAAUGUGAAAAACAGCCCAUUGAUUAUCAAAUAUUACUAUUAUCUCUAGCAGAUGAGUAUUUGGAUGCAGCCCACAGUCAAGGAACGAUUCUCGCCGCUUCCCAUCAAGAAGCUGACGUUGAACAAUACUAUAAGCUAGUCGCUACUGGAUUAUGCUGCAUUGAAGCCGUUAUGAAGAAUUGGAGGUUACAGCCUAGGACGGAGGCUCUUCUCAGGCUGCGCUAUGCACGCAUUCUCUUCGAAGAAACGAAUAAUGAUUUAGAAGCUGAGACUGCAUUGAGUAAAGGCAUUGAUCUAUGUGAGAGGAAUCGAAUGUUCGAUCUUAAAUACAGCAUGCAGCAGCUUUUAUGUCGAAUAAUGUUCAGAACCAAUCCUAAAGCUUCUGUAAGAAUGGUAGACGGCAUAAUUCGUGAUAUUGAGGCAUAUCGGCAUACUGCCUGGGAGUACGCCUUUCGUCUGCUACGAGUCACCCUCUCUCUCUCUUCACCCCCACACCAGGACCUAGUCGCUGCGAUACAUAAUCUCCAAAAAACAGCAUCUAUGGCAAAUCGCAACGGCGAUAAGGCCAUAGUGGUCGUCUCUUCUAUUGUUGAAGCACUUGUGCAUCUACAGCAUUCCUCCGGCGGCGAUUCCGUUGAACUCGCACAGAGGGCCAUUGCAACGGCAAGAAGCCAUCAGCUUAACGAUACCAUUGGAGAUGGCCCCCAUAUCGGUACUAUUAUUCAAAUAAUUGAUAUAUGCUGCAGCGUUCUUGAUUAUGAUAUCGUACAGGCCUCUCAAAAGCUACAAACUCUCCAAAAAUAUAUGGAUCAAAAUAUCAGCAACCCCCUUUGGCGGGACGAUGGCUCGUUCUCGGUGCCAUUAAAUCGCGAGGGCCUUAGGCAUUUUGCCAUAGAGUUUGGUGACAUUAUCCAGGAAGAAAACGGGAACCCCACGUUGUUGCUAAACUGGCUCCCGGAAAUCGAUAUUUAUUCCUUAUGCUAUUUUCUUAGUUCUUUGACUCUGAGUGCAAAGAAUUCCCAGGACGGACACAAGGCUGAGAAGUAUUUACAGGAAGGCCUACGUAUGAUUCGAGGCGCCUUUGAGUCGCCACAGGAAGUGUCCGAAUCUUUAAUGCUUGCAACUGCACGGGUUCGAUGGCGUAGAUUGUUAUACUUGCACAUGCUUCUUCAACAGGUGUUUCUUGCCUGUGCGCGAACGGACUGGCCCUUAGCAAGCCGCACAUUGAAAGAAGUACACCUUAUUUUUACAUAUCUCAAAGAUGGCUCACAAGAUGCCAUCGGUUGCCUGAUACAAUACGCUACUGGCGUACUUGCUCAGGCGACCGGAAACCUUGAUGACGCACUGAACAUUUUUCAGCAACCCAUUUUCUCAUUGUCGCAAUUUCCCCAUAAAACAUGCCGCAAUGAUCCACACCGUGACACAGCUAUUCUUGCAGGUCUCAAUUGCAUUCUUAUUCACCGGAACCCAGGUCAUGUGGCAUAUAUGAGUGCUACGAACUCUUUAGCUGCUCUUGAACCUUUCUGCCAAGAUAGCCCAAACAAAUAUAUUCGGGCUGCUUAUUCCCUAAUUAGUGCUACUAUCCAAACAGAAUCCACUAUGCAGACAAAAAGAAAUCUCCACCAAUCCUUGCAAGCUGCUACUGCCAUAGGGAAUAGUCAAGUCACUUGUUUAGCGCUGACAUUCAUGAGCUGGAAGUACUUUCGUGGUGUUGUUGGCGAGCAAAGCGAGAAGAGUGCUAUGGCUGCCAAAGCAAUGGCUAGGAAAACAGAUGAUAAGUUAUGGAUCAGCGUUACGGACGAGUUGCUUGCAGAGACAUUAGAACGCCAGGGUAAAACGAAUGAAGCUAUCGCUUUACGGAAAAAAGCAGACAGUGAGCUGGCCAGACUACCAGCAAUACUGACGAAAACCGGAAAACUGGACUCCCAUCGCAAGGAUACAUCAAGCGAAAUGAGGGUAAAAGCGGUUUAA